CACCUUGUGUAAUGAAAAACCCAGAUCUAUAACCUCUCCCUAUAUAUUCUGCAUGCAUUGAAGUAGGCUCAAACCCUCAGGGACCUGGUAUAGACGCAGAAUCUGUUUCACACAACAACUGCUAUUUGAAGGAAAAAAAAAAAGAAGCAAAUGAUACCAAGACAAGCUCAUAACAGAGAUCCAAUCAGCAGAUGUGUACGGAUGAAAAUACAGUGAGAUGAGUCAGAAAACGGCCAAGGAGGGUCCCAGACUCUCCAAAAACCAGAAGUACUCCGAGCACUUCAGCAUACACUGCUGCCCGCCGUUCACCUUCCUCAAUUCCAAGAAGGAGAUAGUGGAUCGGAAAUACAGCAUCUGUAAGAGCGGUUGCUUCUACCAGAAGAAAGAGGAGGACUGGAUCUGCUGCGCCUGCCAGAAGACCAGCUCCUGCCAGCGUCGCUUAAGCAGCAGAGGAGAGCCCUGGCUCCCGCCUCCAGCUUCUUUUGGCCCUCUCAGAACCAGCCGCCGUGCCAAGUCCCCUCAGAGGCCCAAGCAACAGCCAGCUGCGCCCCCCGCGGUGGUCAAAGCGCCAGCCAAGCCACGGUCCCCUCCGAGGUCUGAGCGUCAGCCACGGUCCCCUCCGAGGUCUGAGCGUCAGCCACGGUCCCCUCCGAGGUCUGAGCGUCAGCCACGUCCCCGCCCAGAGGUCCGACCACCGCCAGCCAAGCAGCGUUCCCCUCAGAAGUCCAAGAAACAGCCGCGCAGCAGCCCCCUCAGAGGGCCAGGCGCCAGCCGUGGGGGGUCCCCCGUCAAAGCUUCUAGGUUCUGGUAACACCAUCUCUUCCCUUUUGUUCCCCAGCCCUAAGAUUGAAAAGGAAGAUCAGGCCGACCCCAAAGAAGAAGUGACCAAGGAGGAGUUUAAAGUGAAUGAACGGCCUCGGCUCCUGGACUCAUUGCUUCACAACCCAUCUACCCCUGGAUGAAGUUAUCUGGCUUCAAAUAUUAUGCAGGGGCAAACACCUGCUGAUUCGGCAACUGCUGAUGCUCAUGGUCCCCAUGGCAUGGGGGCCUCAGGGCAGCCUGCCUGGAGGAAUAUUUUUUCAAAAGUUCAGAUAUUUUUAAGAAGUCAAAGGUGUCUAUUGUAUUUAGCAACAAGGAACUGUUGGUGACCGUAUAGGACGGUUGAGGGGGCCAAAUCAGGCUCAGGCUGCUGUGCUUACACCAGAAAAUGUGGAAACUCAGGGCUGGAAGGGCCCUGGGAAGGCUUCCUGCCUGACUCCAUCACACAUGUCUCUGUCCAGCUAAUAACACCAUUACCAGGCAACAGUUUACCUACCAUCAAGUUCAGUGCUUUGACUUUGAUCAGCUGACUGGGUUUAUCUAAAGUACAGCACUUUGAAGAUGUCAUCCCAUUGUCUUCUGACCUCUAUAAUUGCCACUGAGAGAUCUGCUGUCAGUCUGCUUAUCCUUCCCUGGACUCAAGUUUCUUCAAUCUGAAGAUACAUGUCUUUCUCCAGGGACAUGUGAAAAAAAAAAAGAUGUUACACAACCACCAAAGUGGCAAAAAUAAAAAAAAAAUCAAGUAUUGGCAAAGAUAUGGGGAAAAUUCUCAUAAGCUACUGAUGAGAUUUAUAAAUUAUUAUGAUACCUUUGGGUUGCAAUCUGGGGAUACUAGCAAAGCAGAAAAUUGUAUAACCUGUGAUCAAGCAAUUAUAAUUUUAGGCACCCAUCCUAGAGAAAACUUGAAUUCAUAGAAAAAGUAGGUACAUGUAAAUCUGUUCAAUGAAUCAUUGUUUGGCAUUGAAAAUAGGAGAGAGAUAAAGAGAAAUUACCAAAAUGUCCAACAACAGAAUGAGUGAAUCACCUGUGGUAUAUUUAUAGAUAAAAAUCUUAAAUAGAAGGUUAAACAAAUCAGAUAUACACACAUUAGAUAGAUAAAUUUAGAGGACAAAAUAAGGAACAUAAAAAGCAAACAGUAGAUGGCAAAUGUAAUAUAAUAUACUAUGCAUAAAUUUUAACAACACACAAUAUUAUAUUGCAUAUUGCCCAAUAAGCAGAAGCCAUAAGGUCUCACAUUUUUCUUAUAAUGCAAUAGAAUAAAAAUGACAACAAAGUAAAAGAGUAUCCCCAAAACAAAACUAUCCUUUUGGAAAAAAAAAAAAGACUUAAAAUAAUUCCUGGUUUGAAGAAAUAACAGAAAUUAAAAGCUAUAUAUAAAUGGUUAACAGUAUUAGGUGGACAUAUUUGUUUGAAGAGAUAGGUGAAAGAUAGUUGAAAAGCCUGGGGGUAUCUUCGAGGUUAUAUGUCUUAGGAAACAAAAAUACUUGCUUGGGUUCAAUUUUGGAUCUGGGCUUGUUCUUGUGGCUUCUGAUGAUUUCUGACUUGGGGAAAAAUGGGGAAGAGUUGAAAUACAUCCUUCCACCCAAACCUUCGUUUAGUAAUAGGUAGGAAAAUUAAGAAGAAAAUAGAAUGUUGCAGAAUGUGGAGGGAUGUAAAAUGGACAGUACUAGGGUAGAGGGAAAGUCAGAUUAGAGGAAAGAAAGAGCAUCAGCAACAGUCUUGUGCUAGGAGCUGGUGUGGCCAAGCACAGUCAGAUGCCCAAAGAUCCAACAAGGCCAUGGCUCUGUGUCCUUGAGUGGGCACAACCAUUCCUAGCCAAGUUUAAUAGGCAAGUAAAAAUAUGGGGGCAAUGUCAGAUGAAGUCUUGUUCAGGGUAUGGGGCUAGGAUGAGAGAGAAUGCCACAGAGUAGGGAGGAAGAGUGAUAGAUCCAGAUGAGAUACAGCUCAGAGUGUCAUGCCCCCAGAAAAAGGAAUCAGGCAAGUACUGUCCCAAGGCAGCUGGAGGGUGAGGGCUGAGUGCCCUGGCUUCCUCACUUGGGGAGACCAUGGGUCUCUGUAGAAAUUCCAAUAAAAAGGCAGGGAAAUUUGACUGCAUGGAAUCUUCAGGUAGAAAUGUUUCUCUUGCCUAAAUUCAGGUGCUAAAUAAACAACAAAAUGGUAACCUCUACUAUGAAGCGUUUCCAACGAUGGGAUAUCUGAGGCCAUUACAUUCCUGGGAAUAACAUGGUGAGGGGCAGGGUGGUGGUGGUGGUGAAACAUAUGACAGACCACUGUAAGUGAGAACAAAUUACUGGCCCAGCCCAACCCACACCAAAUAAGAAAUUUAAUAUCCCUUUGGCCUGUUUUAGAUUUUGGCAAAGCCAGGCCCAUAGUGCUUGCUGGGCUCUCUCUUCCACAUCAUCCAGAAGACACACAUUUGCUACGGAAUGAUUGUGGAGGUGAGAGUAUAGUGCAUAUUAAUUCAUGCAAAAAGUUAGAUAUUAGCCCAAAAAUGUUAAUAACAAGAAACUACUGAAUCUCUGUUUGUCUGUUGUGGAAAUAAAACCUUCUGGGGAUGAAUCAAAACUAUCUGACAAUUACUUGAAAUGGGUGGAUAGCUAAAUGUAAUGUGCCUUGGAUAUUAUAACUAAAAGGUGCUAUAAUCCAGUUAUAUUUUUUAUCUUUUAAGGAUUGGUUCUGAGGAGCACUACCAGUAAAUAUUGCAAAAAUUACAUAAAGCUCCAAAAGCUACUCUGUGUAAACUUCUUGAGUGGGAAUUCUCAACCAUAAUAUCUGGAAUAUGACUGAUAAUUCUUGAUGUUAACUGAUUUUAUGUUCUGAUGUUUUGACUGGUUUUGGGAAAAAUUUUGGGAAAAAAGAGUUUUCCUCGUAAAUACCCAACAACUGGGUCUCUGGGUAAAAAGGCCUAAUUUAUAGAGAUUGCUAAUGUCCGUGGUGUAAACAUUUCCACAAUGCAGAUUUCUUUCUUUCUUUCUUUCUUUCUUUUUUUGAGAUGGAGUUUCACUCUUGUUACCCAGACUGGAAUGCAAAGGUGUGACCUUGGCUCACUGCAAUCUUCACCUCCUGGGUUCAAGUGAUUCUCCUGCCUCAGCCUCCCAAGUAGCUUGGAUUACAGGUGCCCACCACCAUGCCUGGCUAAUUUUGUAUUUUUAGUACAGAUAGAGUUUCACCAUGUUGGCCAGGCUGGUCUUGAACUCUGGACCUCAGGUGAUCCACCCGCCUCAGCCUCCUAAAGUGCUGGAGAUUACAGGCAUGAACUACCACGCCCGGGCCACAAUGCAGAUUUCAAACUAUGAACAUGAUUCUCUAGAGUUUACCAUCUGUCUUUUAAUUGGUAAAUUUGAUGCAGAAUUGGGAAGAGAAGCACACAAUUGACUCUCGUCAACUGGCACAGGCUGGUGCCAGUGCGCCGCUGUAUAUAUCCAUGGCCCUCUGUGAAGCUAGAGUUUACUACUAAAAUUUGUGCUCCAUAAAUAUACAAAGGCACUAGUAAGAGAAAAAAUACAAAGGGAAUAUAAACUAAAUUCAAAUUGGGGAGCUCAAAUGGAGAAAAUUGACUGAUAAUAUUUUUGAAACUUUGAAAAGUAGUAUUUGUCUAGAUUCACCUUUUAUUAUCUUUUCCUUUUUUUUUUUUGAGAUGGAGUUUUGCUCUUGUUGCCCAGGCUGGAGGGCAAUGGCACGUGAUCUCAGCUCACUGCAACCUUGGCUCACUUGUAACCUUCACCUUCCGUGUUCAAGUGAUUCUCCUGCCUCAGCCUCCCGAGUAGCUGGGAUUACAGGCACCCACCACCAUGGCCAGCUAAUUCUUUGUAUUUUUAGUGGAGACGGGGUUUCACCAUGUUGGCCACGCUGGUCUCAAACCCCUGACCUCAGGUGAUCCACCCACCUGGGCCUCCCAAAGUGCUGGGAUUACAGGCGUGAGCCACCGCGUCCAGCCUGUUAUUAUCUUUUAUUAAGCAAACAGGGUAUCUAUGUAUCAUACUGAGUGUUCUGAGCUCUCAGUUUCUUUGGUGUUCAUCUAGGUGGAGGCUGGGGCUUCCUUCCUUUCAGAUAUUGGUGCUAACUUGAUGCUGACCAAUGAAUUGAUGGGAUCUGCACACUGUAAAGCCGGUUUCAGGAUGGCUGAGCUGACAGUCAAGAAAGAAGAGAAGAUAUGAGCCGCCUGCAUUUUGGGGUGGUGGCAUUGAAAUUUAGACUUGUGAUUUGGUACGACAAUGUAUGGCUUUUUGUGAUUGUUAACAUUAAUGAAAACAAGAAAAAUUAGUUGCUCAAAAGUUGAAAAAUGGAUUUAUAAACUUUUUAUUAGAGUAAGGCAAAAGAACAUAUUAAAACAGAGGUAAAUUAGAAAUGUCAAUAAGAACCCAUGGACAUUUUUUAUAAGGAGGCUUUAUCUGUUCUGUCCCUACAGUGAUUUAUGCUCUUGGAUAUUUUUGCUGUCAUCCUGACAAAUUCUAGUUGGAAUGUGGAACAAGCUUAUUUGUAGACCUAGUGCCUGUGGCUUCUAAAGCAAUUUUCUGAAAAGAGAAACCACUGCCCGUUGGAAGAAUAGUUGAUUCCAUACCUCAAGCUAGGGAAAAAAAAUCAGAAUUUGUCUGUGAAUUCUAGAUGUUGACAGAAAGCAAGCUUUUAUUAGGGCAUCAGAGAGUCAUAAGUCCAUAGGAUGCAAAAAAGAAGAUGAAAUAAAAUUGCCUGAAAAACGCA